CGCAGCCCAGGCGACCGCUGCCAUGGCUUUUACCCAUCGGCCGGACGCCCCUGAGCUGCCUGACUUCUCCAUGCUCAAGAGACUGGCACGAGACCAGCUCAUCUAUCUGCUGGAGCAGGUCAGUGCCCGCCACGCCUGGGGCCUUUACUGCAUCAACAGUUUAGCACUCGCUGGAUGCGUAUUUCUUCUUUGCCAAGCCCUCUUGAUUUUGUUCUUGGCCCUUGUUCUUGUUGCCUUUGGAGCUUUUGCGGCAGGUCCAAAAUGGAGCACUCAGCGUGAAAACCAGAGGGCAGUAAGAGCUGCUUGGGACCUGGCCAAAGAAUUAAUGGAAAUCACCUUUUUCAUACAGGCCUGAGGAGACACCAGUCAGUCAUUCUGCAGAGUGCCUGGCACUGUGCGAUUCACGGGGGAUGGAAAGAUUGUUAGGAGAUCUUCUUUGCCAUUAGGGAUCUUAAAAUCCAGUAGGAGCCAUAUGAAACACAAAUUAACCACACACAGGUGUCGUGUGGUGAAUGAGUGAUGGCCACGAUGCCUGAAGAGUUUAGACUUCCUGGAAAAAAGGACUUGUUCAUUGAGGCAGAUCUGAUGAGCCCUUUGGAUCGAAUUGCCAAUGUCUCCAUCCUGAAGCAACAUGAAGUGGACAAGCUGUACAAGGUGGAGAACAAGCCAGUCCUCAGCUCCAAUGAACAAUUGUGCUUCUUGGUCAGACCCCGCAUCAAGAAUAUGCGAUACAUUGCCAAUCUUGUCAAUACUGACAAAUUGGCUGGCCGGACUCGAAAAUACAAAGUGAUCUUCAGCCCUCAGAAGUUUUAUGCAUGUGAGAUGGUGCUUGAGGAAGAGGGAAUCUAUGGAGAUGUGAGCUGUGAUGAAUGGGCCUUCUCCUUGCUGCCUCUUGAUGUGGAUCUGCUGAGCAUGGAGCUACCAGAAUUUUUCAGGGACUACUUCCUGGAAGGAGAUCAGCGUUGGAUCAACACUGUGGCACAGGCCUUGCACCUUCUCAGCACUCUCUAUGGGUCCUUUCCUAACUGCUAUGGAAUUGGUAGAUGUGCCAAGAUGUCACAUGAAUUGUGGAGAAAACUGGAGGAGGAGGAGGAUGGUGAAACCAAGGGCCGAAGGCCAGAAAUUGGACAUGUCUUUCUCCUGGACAGAGAUGUGGACUUUGUGACAGCACUUUGCUCCCAAGUGGUUUACGAGGGCCUGGUGGACGACACCUUCCGCAUCAAGUGUGGGAGUGUCGACUUUGGCCCAGAAGUUACAUCCUCUGACAGGAGUCUGAAGGUGCUACUCAAUGCCGAGGACAAGGUGUUUAAUGAGAUUCGUAACGAGCACUUCUCCAACGUCUUUGGCUUCUUGAGCCAAAAGGCCCGGAACUUACAGGCCCAGUAUGAUCGCCGGAGAGGCAUGGACAUCAAGCAGAUGAAGAACUUCGUGUCUCAGGAACUCAAGGGACUGAAACAGGAGCACCGCCUGCUGAGUCUCCAUAUUGGGGCCUGCGAGUCCAUCAUGAAGAAGAAAACCAAGCAGGAUUUCCAGGAGCUAAUCAAGACCGAGCAUGCACUGCUAGAGGGGUUCAACAUCCGGGAGAGCACUGGCUACAUUGAGGAACACAUAGACCGGCAGGUGUCGCUGAUAGAAAGCCUUCGUCUCAUGUGCCUUUUGUCCAUCACUGAGAACGGUUUGAUCCCCAAGGAUUACCGAUCUCUGAAAACCCAGUAUCUGCAGAGCUAUGGUCCUGAGCACCUGCUAACCUUCUCCAAUCUGCGGCGAGCUGGGCUUCUCACAGAGCAGGCCCCAGGGGACACCCUCACAGCAGUGGAGAGCAAAGUGAGCAAGCUGGUGACAGACAAGGCUGCAGGAAGGAUUACUGAUGCCUUCAGUUCUCUGGCCAAGAGGAGCAAUUUUCGUGCCAUCAGCAAAAAGCUGAAUUUGAUCCCACGUGUGGAUGGCGAGUAUGACCUAAAAGUGCCACGGGACAUGGCCUAUGUCUUCAGUGGUGCUUAUGUGCCCCUUAGCUGCCGAAUCAUUGAGCAGGUACUGGAGCGGCGAAGCUGGCAGGGCCUUGAUGAAGUGGUACGGCUGCUCAACUGCAGUGAGUUUGCCUUCACAGACAUGACCAAGGAAGACAAGGCUUCCAGCGAGUCCCUGCGUCUCAUCUUGGUGGUGUUCUUGGGUGGCUGCACAUUCUCUGAGCUCUCAGCUCUCCGGUUCCUGGGCAGAGAGAAAGGGUACAGGUUCAUUUUUCUGACGACAGCAGUGACGAACAGUGCUCGCCUUAUGGAGGCCAUGAGUGAAGUGAAAGUCUGAAGUUUCCCCAGCCAACGUUGGAGUCUUCCCUGGACACAUUCCCCAGUGGGCUGGAGGAGUUCAGCACCCAGCUGCUAACAGUGUCCACCAAGUACCUGCUAGGAGCUGGGAAGCCUGCAACUUAUUUGGGAUUUGGAGAGCAUAUCUGAGGCCUUCACUUCCCGCACCCAGGAGAUUUCUCCUUUUUGUUUGUGAAGUACAGCUCCUGCUCAUAAGAUACAAAAGGGAAAAGAAGUAUCCUUUGCUAAUUCUUUUUUGAAUAUCAUUGUAAAUAAAGCCUAUCUAUACUCUAAUGUAGUAUGUUUGUAGUUCUGGACACGCACUUUGUUUUCAUUAGGGAAGCCACAGUGGGGCUUUACAUAGGGGCUUCGUAUGCUCUGGGCUUGAUCUUCCUUGUAAAAGUCACUAAGCUGCCCCUUUCUGGAGUUUCCUCAGCCAUAAAAUGAGGGGGAUGGACUAGAUGACCAGCAGACACCUUUCCAAUUCUAAAAUUCUGUGAUUGAUUUCACCUGAGAGAAGAUGAGUGUGGUGAUGUUUCAAUAAGGAGGCCCUUCAGUUUUAAGCGUUGUGUUUAUUAUUGCAGAAUGAAAGAUUGUGUCCUUUGUUUGCAGUUGCAGGCAUCAGCAAACAGUUGCUCCUAUAAAGGUCACCAGUGUCCUCCUAGUGCUGACUUCAGUGGCCUUUGCCUCUCUUUACCUUUUACAAACUAAAAAUAUAACCACAUGGAUUGAUCUCUUUUCAGUCCUCUUCUAACUUGAUGUCACCAACGACCACCGUUUCUUUCUUGAAAUUCUCUUCUUUAGCUUCCACGACACUUUUUCAUCCUACAGCCUCCCAGGUUGUACUUCUGUGUCCUUUGAUUACUCCUCUCUCCAUCCCCAUUUGUUGAAAUCUCCCAAGGUUCUGCCUUUUCCCUCCUUUCUCUCUCACUUGGUAUUGUCAUCCACUUACAGAUCUCUAGCUUUCACCUCACUCCUGAGUUUAUCACUAGUAUUUCUAACUAGUCAUUCCACAGCCACUUGAAACUCAACAUGUCUAAAAUAAACUGAACCUCCUAUCCCUACUGCCAAUCCCUAAGUCUGCUCCUCUUCCUGUGUUCCCUAUCUUAAUUGACAUUAUCAUCAUCUACCCAAGUUCUGUUCAUGCAAUAAAUCGUAUCCUUGACCUCAGAUUUGUUUUCUUUUUAUCCUCCACAUUCAACGGGUUACCCUGUCCUAUUUGUUCUUAUUUCCAGAUGCUUCUAGUUCAUCCUUUCCUCACCACCCCACAGCAGAAGUCCUUGUUUUCUCUUGCCUGGUUUUUUACAAGACUGUCCCUUCCAGUUAGUUACUCUGCCUCCCAUCUGCUCCCCAUUCCACAGUACGGCCACUCCCUAAAAGAAAGAAAUCAAAGUCUGUGCUGUUGGAGCAUCAAAAGUAUUCUUUCCAUAGAAGAAUCAUAAUGCUAUUAUCAGUGCACAUUCCAAGGAAAAGGCAUACCUCAAGUAUCUAGCUAUAAUUUUGCAGUGCAGUGUCAAGCUUGGUAAAGUAGAGGGUCAGCAAAAAGAGAAAGACCCUCAACGAGACAGCCUGACACAGUGGCUUUAACAAUGGGUUCAAACACAGCAACAAUUAUGAGGAUGGUGCAGGACCAAGCAGUGUUUCGUUCUGUUGUACAUGGGGUUGCUGUGGGUUGGAAUAGACACAAUAGCACCUAACAACAGCAAAUAUCAAGCUAGUGUGGAAGAUCAGACUCUGUAGACAGGGCUGUUAGUUUGCAGAAAGAAUAUGCAACAGUCAGAAAAGGUCCUAUGGCCAAGUGAAUAAACAGUGGCAGUGUACUGCACUUACAUUCUAGAACAAUGCUGUCUGAUAGAAAUAUAAUGAGAGCUGCAUAUGUAAUUUUAAAUAUUCAGGUAGCCAUGUUAAAAAAAAGGUGAAUUUUAGUAAUAUAUUCUACUUAACUCAUAUCUGAAAUAUGUCCACAUAUAAUCAAUAUACAAAUUAUGAAGGAGCUAUUUUACAUUCUCAUCUUCAUACUAAGUCUUUAGUAGAAGUCUGGUGUGUAUUUCACAUUUACAGCACAUCCCAAUUCAGACUAGCCACAUUUCAAGUACUCAGUAGCCAGAUGCGAUCACCAUGUUGGACAGCACAGGUCUAGAAUAACAGAAAAUGAGAAAGAAUCAGAGGUUAUCCUCUCUCCACAAAGAUGGAGUAGAUCACACGCACAAAGUUCUCAGGAGUAACAGCCGUCUAAUUGAGUAUUCUAAGUUCUACAUCAGUUUUGUGUGUGCUCAGCAUUAUAACACUGCAAGGAGUAUGGCCAUAUGGAUACAUUUGAUCUGGCUUCUCAUCUCACAACUAAAAAUUAACCCUUGGAGUAGGCAACAAAAGCUGUGGUUUUCGGCUUCACUGAUAAAAAGCUGAACAAAUACAACAUCUGUUACUAUUUAGGAAUAAACUUAAUAAACAGCAAAGUAUAGCAGUUACAAGUAAUUAGUUUUGUCUAAGAGCAAAACUAUUUUUAUGCAUGUAUACUGGAUAAACAUACCAAAAAAGUCCUUAACAAAAUACUGCCAGGUCAACUUCAACAUUUUCAUAACUGGCCCCUG